AUGGCUAACGCAAAGAUUAGAGUCAAGAACCCGGUUGUCGAAAUGGACGGCGACGAGAUGGCUCGAAUCAUCUGGGCCGAAAUUAAAAGACGCUUUAUUUCCCCCUACCUUGAUGUGGAUAUAAAGUAUUUCGAUUUAGGUCUUCCUUAUCGAAAUCAGACCAACGAUCAAGUAGUGCAAGACGCUGCCCAGGCUAUCAAGGACUACGGCGUUGGCAUCAAAUGUGCUACAAUUAGCCCGGACGCAGGUCGGGUGAAAGAAUUCCAACUCAAGCAGCGAUGGCCCUCUGCCAACGGCAUCAUCCGUAACUUCUUCGGUGGAACUGUCUUUCGUGAGCCUAUCAUUAUACCUCGCGUGCCAGCCCUCGUUUCGGGAUGGAAGAAGCCAAUAAUCAUCGGUCGCCACGCUUAUGGCGAUCAGUACAAAGGCCAAGACUUUGUGGUCACCGGACCUGGCACCCUCGAGAUCGUGUAUACUCCUGACGAUGGCCAGCCAGAGACCCGAAUCGAAGUCUUCAAAUACAAAGGGGCGGGAAUUGCACAAGCACAGCCCAACACAGAUGACUCCAUCGAGAAAUUUGCUCACGUCAGUUUCAGACUUGCGUUGACUCGUAGCUUGCCAUUGUUCUUGGCGACCAAAGACACGGUGAUGAAAAUCUAUGAUGGGAGAUUUCGUGACAUAUUUCAGGAAAUCUUUGAUCAAAGUUACAAAGCUCAAUUCCAGGAAAAGGGAAUCACGUAUGAGCAUCGCCUGAUUGACGACAUGGUCGCCCAAAUGAUCAAGGGAGAGGGGGGUUACAUUUUAGCUUUGAAGAAUUAUGAUGGUGAUGUCCAAUCUGAUAUUGUGGCUCAAGGGUUUGGAUCCCUUGGGCUGAUGACAUCUGUGCUGGCAACGCCCGAUGACAAGGCGUUCGAGACAGAAGCAGCACAUGGCACUGUGACGAGACAUUAUCGGCUGCACCAACAGGGGAAGGAAACAUCAACGAACCCAAUCGCGAGUAUUUUUGCAUGGACUCGUGGCUUGAAGCGGCGUGGGUUGGUUGAUGACACACCCGAAGUAGUCGCCUUUGCCGAGAUCUUGGAAAAGGCUUGCAUUGAUACCGUUAAUAUUGAUGGUAUCAUGACAAAGGACCUCGCAGCUGCGGGCGGUGGCAAGGAUGGAUAUGUAAUGACGCCGGAGUACAUGGAUGCGGUGGAACGACGACUGAAAGAGGAGUUUGCGCGACUUCAGGCAAAUCUGUGA